CGACGCCCCUCGAUCCAAAUUUCUCUCCUUACCGUCACUCACUACUCAGCCAUAUAUUUAUGAGUUCUACUCUCUCCUGCGUCCUGAGCCAUUCACGAACUCGUCUCCUCUCACGAAUAUCUGUGUCAAAACCAGUUUCGCGUUUGACGCGUGCCACCCCCAUUCGAUCAGUGACAAGCAAUACCCUCACAAUGCCGCCCUCGAUGUACGUGUCCGAGACACUAUCUGAGAAGCUCAAGUCUUUAAGUGUCACUGCGCCUUUGCCCAAGUAUUCCAAUUGCUUCCCAGACGUCAACCCGGUCGAUAUCUACCGAGCGCAUCUCACAUCAAUCCUGACAGAGGUUACCGGCGUUGAUGCGAAGAUCGUAUAUCCAGCGCUACAAUGGACACAAACCCUUGAAAAGGGUGACCUGGUUCUGCCUGUACCAGCUCUCCGCGUCAAAGGCAAGAAGCCUGACGAGCUAGCUGCGGAAUGGGUGUCAAAGUUUCCGGAAUCACCCCUCGUCCAUCCUCCAACGGUUGCUGGAACAUUCCUUCAGUUCUUCUUCAAGGUGGACAAACUCGCAGAAAUCCUCAUUCCAUCGAUUCUCACUCGAAAAGAAGCUUUCGGACAAAAUCAAUACCUUGGUCUCAAAGAUGUAGAGGAUCCUAGCAAAGGUCGUAAGAGGAUGAUUGUCGAAUUCUCCUCCCCAAACAUUGCCAAGCCCUUCCACGCCGGCCAUCUUCGAAGUACAAUUAUUGGUGGUUUCUUAUCGAACCUCUACGAAGGUGCUGGCUGGGAUGUGAUUCGGAUGAAUUACUUGGGCGACUGGGGUAAACAAUACGGAUUGCUGGCGUUGGGAUUCGAAAAAUACGGUGACGAAGAAGCGCUGAAGACAGACCCUAUCAACCACCUCUACGAGAUCUAUGUGAAGAUCAACAAGGAUUUGUCGGAGGAGAAAGACCAGAUCAAAGCGUUGGAAGAGGCCGGGCAAGACGCGUCCAAGCUAAAAGAUGAGGGGCUUGAUGAGCAAGCUCGUCGGUAUUUCAAAGCGAUGACUGAUAACGACGAGAAGGCGAUUGCACAAUGGGCCCGGUUCAGGGAUCUCAGUAUCAAGCGAUACAAGGAGACGUAUGCUCGCUUGAACAUCAAAUUUGACGAAUACUCUGGAGAAAGUCAAGUCAAGCAGGAGGGAAUGGAUUUUGCCGCCAAGAGAAUGGCCGAAAUGGGGGUUUCGGAAGAGUCCGAGGGCGCUGUUAUUGUUGACUUCAGCAAGCACGUACCCGGAAAGGCAGGAAAGAGUCUGGAGCGCCCAGUUAUCAAGAAGAAGGACGGUACAGCGCUCUACCUAACUCGGGAUAUUACCGAAAUGAUGCAGCGGGAUGAGAAGUACCAUUUUGAUCACAUGAUUUACGUUGUGGCAUCAGCACAGGAUCUUCAUCUCAGACAGCUCUUCAAGAUCAUUGAGUUGAUGGGCUACAAAGAACUCGCCCAAAAAGUUCAGCAUAUCAAUUUCGGACUGGUGUUAGGAAUGAGCACUCGGAAGGGUACGGUGAAGUUCCUGGACGAUAUCUUGAGGGAUGUCGGGGAGAAGAUGCACGAGGUCAUGCAGAAGAAUGCGUCAAAGUACGAACAGGUCGAGAAUCCUCUAGCCACAGCAGAUAUCCUGGGUAUCAGCAGUGUCAUGGUCCAAGACAUGAGUGGAAAGCGUAUCAACAACUACGAGUUCAACAUGGAGACCAUGACUUCCUUCGAGGGUGACACAGGUCCCUACCUCCAGUACGCCCACGCGCGACUCUGCUCCAUCACCCGCCGCGCCGCUCUCUCCCCCGAGGAGAUCGCCAGCGCAAACCUAAGCCUCCUCACCGAAUCCCACGCCAUCAACCUCAUCCGCGUCAUCUCGCAAUACCCCGACGUCGUGCAGAACACCCUCAAGACCCUCGAGCCCACCACCAUCUUGACGUACCUGUUCAAGAUGACCCACACGCUGAGCUCGAGUUACGAUCAUUUGCGCAUCGUCGGCAGUGAGAAGGAAUUGAUGAAGGCUCGUAUGGCGUUGUACGAUGCUGCUCGUGUGGUGUUGAAUAAUGGGAUGAGAUUGUUGGGGUUGACUCCGGUUGAGCGAAUGUGAUGCGACAAAUGGGUUAAUAGUGUUUCGGGAUUUGCAUUGAUAUGGUGCAAGUGGGCUACGAGUGGAGCUAGAUGCAGGAGAGAUACUGUCCUCCAUUCACCAAAUGAAAGUUUCUUUUUGACUCGAGUUCGAUAAGCAAGUGAUAAGCAUGGUAUCUUGAUAUCCCUAUUGGUAUAUUCGUUACUAAUGUGUUUGAUCCCCCAAACGCCAGGGUUCUAUCCACCAAAGC